AUGUCGAAACCCCCAAAUCCCACAAGAUCUUCUCCAUUUUCCCUCCCUCAGCUCACUGUUGAUGGCCCUCCGACUGCCUGUCUCUUCGCCUUCCUCCCUUCUGCUCCGGCUCAUCUACAGGAUCUCCUCAUCUGUCAUAAUCACUUGCCUUUUUUUGGUAAAUUUACUACAAAUUCUGAAAGAGUGAGAGUUGCUAUCAUACUUAGGCCAAAAAAUGCUGAGGAUCUACUUCAAGAUUCUGAUUUUGUUGAUUACGUUGAGUUGCAGCCAGAGCUGAAGAGACUGAAGUUGAGAAAAAACAACUGGAGCUCGGAAUCUUAUAGAUUUGAUGAAGUUUUUACAAACACUGCCUCCCAAAGGCGAGUUUACGAAGCGGUUACCAAGCCUGUAGUUGAGAGUGUCUUGAAUGGAUAUAAUGGAACAGUUAUGGCUUACGGUCAAAUAGGUACUGGUAAAACUUACACACUCAGCAGGCUGGGUAAAGAUGAUACGUCUGAGCGUGGUAUAAUGGCAGAGCUCUGGAGGACAUACUUUCUUGUACAUCUCCUGGUUUUGAUAGUGUGGAAAUUUCAUACUUGCAGGCAGAAGGGAUCUUCAGGAUCAAUGCAGGAAAUAGUCAAGAGGAGAUUGUUCGGGAUGGCUAGGGAGAAGACUAUUUUCCAUGAAUUUUUUGGAAAAAAACAAUGGUUGGAGCAGUCUCAGUUGAUGUCAAUGGAACAUGUGAGAGGGUUAUUGCAUGGGAAGAUUGGGUCUGUGAAUCAUGCCAAAGUGUCAGUGACUCAGUUUUGAUGGAAUCUGGGAAGAGAGAUGAAGCUGUCACAAUAGCAAUGAGCAAGGGGAAAUUGUCAAUUUCACAGCUUCAUUCCAAGAAGAAAAAGCCAGUAGAAACUGGUAAAGUUAAGUUCAUUGCUCAUGAAGAAAUACUUGAAAGAAAUCCUUAAUAAUAAUAAAAAAUUGUGAUGCUGUGAAAUCAUUCCUUGCUUGAAAAGAAAAAUGCUCAGGCAUUUUUUUUGGGUGUAGCACGCCUUGCUUUAAGGAAUACUCAAUGCUUCUUUGUGACUGGCACUUGUGGUUGUAGUUUUGAUAGUUUUUCAUGAGGGCCUCUUUGCUGUCUUUGUUGGCCUCUAUUUGUAGUUUUAUGUCUUAUAUGUACUAUCUUAGUCUGAGGUUGUCUAGACUGUAAUACAGUACAGGUGAUUUCAUAUCAUCUUUUUUAAAACAAUCUUGUUUAGUUGGGAUUGAAAUGAUAGUGUUUAUGUGAGAAUAGAAAUAGAAUGGGAAAGAAAUAUCAAUUCUUUUGUUUGGUUGAAAUUUUGUUUGGAAUGGCAUGGACUAACAUUACUUUGACCAAAAUAUCUAUAUGCAAUUAUAACUAUCAUGUAAUAUGAUUUUGUAAGCUGAGUAGACUAAAUAUUAAAAUUAUAUUUUAGAGUAAUUAAUAAAAAAAAUAUUUUGUUGUAUUUUCUUUUGAAAAUUUUAGAAAUCUAACAUAUAUAAUACAUUUUGGAAAAGGGAUAUGUUUUUUGUAAAUCAAAAUGAAAAUUGUAGUUGCUUUCUUUUUUAAAAAAAAUUACUUUUAAGGGCAUGCAUAACGAGUCCUAAAAUCUUAAUUUAAAGAUACUCAACAAGAUUUUUUAGGACUCGCAUUGCAAGUCCUAAAAAAUUACUUAAAGCCACUCAGCUCGAUCUUUUAGGACUUGCGUUGCGAGUCCUAAAAAAUUACUUAAAGGUACUCAACCAGAUAUUUUAGGACUCGCAUUGCGAGUCCUAAAAACUUAAUUAAAGGCACUCAAUUAGAUUUUUUAGGACUCCCUUUGCGAGUCCUAAAUAACCUCACUUUUUAAGGCUCUCAAAUAGAGGACUUGCGCCCCGUGAGUCCUAAAAACUUUUUUAGGACUCGCAAUGCUAGUCUUAAAAAACCUUUUUUGUAGUAGUGGCAGGAACCAUCUUAUCUUCCUUUUUCCCUUCUGUCUUGAGCUGAGGACAUUCUUUCUUUUGGUGUCCCUCUUGACCACAGUUGUAACAUCCUUUGGUGUUUG